AUCGCCACUUUUGUGUGUCAUUUGCUCAUCAUCGAUUACAAGAUGAGCGAAUUUCAAAAGGAUGAGUUAUCAUUGGAAGAGACGAAUAAGCUGCGUAUCCAACUCGGUUUGAAACCUUUGGCGCCGGAUUCGGAUGAUGAAGAUUCAAAGCAAACACAGAAAAAUGACAAGGAUGAUGAUGAUCCUCUGAAGAAUCAAGAAGAAAAGGCGGCAAAGAAUUACGCAGAUUGGCAGGAAUCACAACGGAAACAGAAAGAAGAUGAAAAGGUCAAAGAACGAAUCGCAAAAGCACAAAACAGAAGAGACUUAAACAAGCGAUUACAAGGGCGUACAUUGGGAGAUGCAGAUGAGAUCGCAAGCACAUCCAAUGCAGAAGCUUCCACAUCUGAUUCUAACAAAAAGUGGCUCAAAGCACAAAGAAAGAAAGCUUUGGCAAACGAAGCAAGAAGAAGACAAGAGGAGGAAGAAGCAGAAGCUGCUGCAUCCGCUGCUGCCAAAGCAAAAUAUGAUUCGGAAGAUUUGCGUGGCUUAAAAGUGGGACAUGACAUGGAAGAGUUUGAUCUGGAAGAAGGCGGUGAAGGGAAGGUCCUCACAUUACGUGAUAGUAAAAUACUGGACAACGAUGAUGACGAGCUGAUGGACAGUACUUUGGACCAAAAGGAGCGUGAUAGAAUCAACGAAGAACGAAAGAAGGGUGUUAAGCAAUAUACCGGCUUGGAUGAUGACGACUUUGACGCUGGGAACGUUGGUCGUCCGAGAGGAGUACUAAGCAAGUACGAUGCAGAUGUCGAGCAUCUGGAUGGGCCCCUGCCAAAGGAUGCAGAUGCAGGAUUCCGACUAGGAGGCGAGGUUCGGACACGUAAAGAUCGAGAUGAAGCAAAGAGGAAAGAGUCAGAACGAGCACCCAAUCGAACACUACUCAAUCUAGACUACACCAAAAAUGAGGAAGUGUCCGAUUACCUUCAAGAAGGAGACGUUGGAUUCAAGAAGCCAAAAGCUAGAAAGAAGAAGCGAGAGACAGCACGCAUCCGACUUGACGAUGAUGACGAGGAUCGUCCAGCAGAUAAUAACGGAGGUAAAGAAGAUGUUGAAAUGAAUGAAGACGGGGUUUCAGCCGCUCCAUCAGAGUCAAGACGACAGCCGCGUCAACGUAAUACUGAGAUAGACUUGAUCGAUGAUGAUGAUCUGGCAUUAAGUCUGGCUAAAGCACGAAGAAAGCAAGCAAAGAAGGCAUUCCAAAAGAUGACACCAGAGAUGAUUGCUAGAAAUUUGGCCGAACAGAAAGCAGCUGAAGAAGCUGAGAAGAAUGCGGCCAACAGUGCUGAAUCGAUGAAUGUGGAUGUCAAACCAGCGGAGAAUGAGUCAAAUGCUGGCUUGACUUUUGACGAGACGAGCAAUUUUGUACACAAUCUUCAAGCGGCAAGAGAUGCCAGCCCGGAAAUACAAUCUCGACCAAGGCAAAGCUCUACCCCACAAGUCAAAAGGGAGGAAAGUGCAGAAAUUGAAAGUGGUAUUAAUGGCUUUGAUGCCUCUGAUAUGCUCGUCGAGGAUCCGAACAGUGCUUUGCCCUCUGUCAAGGAAGAGGAGGAUGUUGACAUGGACAUCAAAGAAGAAGCUCCGGCAUUGCCCACAACCGUUGAGGAGGUUGAGCCAUUGGUAUCUGGUGGACUCGGCUCUACACUGUCAUUAUUGCGCAAUCAAGGACUGAUCACGGAGAUGACACCUGAACAACGUGAGCGUGAGAAGCAGCAAAAGGAGUAUGAUGCAUGGAUGGCUACCAGAAGAGCAGAGGAUCGUGCAAGAGAAGCCGAAUUGGCUGCCAGUAAAGCACAAGGAUCUGCCAAAGAUCAGGCUACGCGUGAGUACGAGAAUCGAAAGCGUGAAUUAGAAGAUGCAAGAAAAGUGCAAGAUCGAUUCAAGGAUUACAAGCCAGAUUUUGAGAUCAAAUAUCAUGACGAAUUCGGAAGAACGUUGAACAACCAUGAAGCAUGGAAACGAUUGAGUCACAUCUUCCACGGCAAAGCACCCGGAAAGAAGAAACAAGAACAAAGACUUCAACGUAUUGAACUUGAGAAAAAGCGAGAGAAAAUGUUAGCAGGCGAUACGCCAACCGGAAUGACUAAAGCAUUCGCAGAAAGAGCGGAAAAGAGUGGUCAAGCUCAUAUGGUCCUUGGUGUUGGUGCAAAGAAUAAUGCGCCACAAGAUGCGGGAUUACUUGGCCCGAAUACAGUUGCACAUCAUUCUAACAGAAAUGCCGGACACGGCAAAGGCAAAUCGAAACAAAGCGAAGAUUACACCAGAGAAGGAUCUACUUCCAGUCAAGGAGGAUCGUAUCACGUCUCGCCUGAGUCAGGUCGUGAUUCUGGCUCAGGAUUCGCAUCCGAUAUGAACGGAAUUACAUCAAUGGUUCCUCGAUCUACUACCACCAAAGUCAAAGCUGGAUUUGCACCUAUUGCAAGGCCGUCUCCUUUGGCUUCGUCGUCAUCUAGUCAACCACAUAGAGAGAGUGAUGCUGCAUCUGGUGCCAACGGACAAACAAAUACCCAACAGCCUUCAGGCAAAUUUAAAUUAGCAUUCGGCAAGCGUCCUGCUCCUUCAUCGGGAGCAUCAAAUGGUCCUCCUGCCAAACAGGCAAGGGAGAUGUAAAAUGUAACUUAAUUUUCAUUUUGUAUUCUAUCAAAUUGUAUACC